AUGGCCUCCGUUUCCACCACGGGGCCUCAUGGCCAGACAAAUCCGAUUCAUAAUGACCUAGGAAGGGAAGACCAGACGCUGCUCCUGUUCGCCCACCUGAUGGAGGGCGGCAAGGAAGACGAGGAGACGGUCGAAAGUCUGGGCAAGUUGACCAAGCUGCUCAACGACGAUGCCGAGGCCACCAAGAAGGGAGAGAAGUCCAUUACCACCGUCAUAGAUAGCGACUGCGUCGAUACCAUAUUGUGUUAUCUGGAUAUGAGACAGUUCGAUAUUGUUCGCGGUCAUGCUGCGCUCUGCACUUCUGCUUAUCUCAAGGCCGCCGGCGACGACGGCAGCAAGAAGCUCUCCGCCUUCUUCCUCGACCGAGUCCAACGAGGCACCUACGACGACUAUAUUGUGGCGUUUUGCGUGGCAGCUACCAUCUUCCCCAUCGUCCCCGAUCUGACGUCCGAGCUGUUCCUCAGCGAGGGUUUCCUCCCCAGUCUAGGCCCGCUUAUGAGGCGCAAGUGGAAGAGCCGCAAAGUCGAGACGGCCUGCCUCGAAAUGCUCAACGCUGCCUGCAUGCACUCUCACUGCCGUGAAGCUGUCCAGAAGUACUGCAUCGACUGGCUAGAGGAGAUUGUGGACCAGGAUACGGAGCAGGUUAUCGAGUCCAUGUAUACCACCAAUCCCGACAUCGCCGUCCAGGAGGGCUCCGUUUCCAUGAGGAGGCACUCCAUCCAUGUCCAGAACCUGGCCGCCGUGGUCUUGACCAAGCUCAGGGCAGUUCAACCCGACCAGGCACCCGCAAACUUGUCCGACCCAUCCCAGCCCCGGAUACAGCCGGCGACAACCAGCGUAGAAGAUCUUUCCAAGAAGUUUACCCUGAUGCUCAUCAAGGACCCCGAACAUUCCAGCCAAGCCUCGGUCGAAGGACUCGCCUAUGCAUCGAUCCGCUCCAAGGUUAAGGAGGAACUAGCUGGUGAUCCUGAAUUCCUCAAAUCUCUUGUAAAAACACUCGACUCGGCGCCUCCAAGGUCCCCUCUCAUGUACGGCGCUCUCAGCAUUUUCGUUAACCUUACACAAUAUCGUCCAGCCCUUACAGAAGAACAGAAGCGCAUAAGUCAGCUCAAGGCCUAUGCGGAUGCGGCGGGAAAGCUCCAGCCCGACCCAUUGAACGACAACGAACAUGUUAGCGCACGCUGCAAACGUGUCUUCGAAGCCGGUGUUACCCCCGUUCUCGUGACGAUCAGCAAAACCAGCUCCGUAGCAUCUCUCACCCUCAUCAUUUCGAUUCUCAACUCGCUCUCCAUGACACCCUCUAUGCGGGGACCGCUCGCUCAACAAGGCGCCGUCCCUCUCGCCCGCAUCCUCAUCUCUACGAACCCCAUGCUCGUGUUCGGCGGCUCCCGCGCCACCCCCAUGAGCACCGCCAUCCGACCCCUCGUCCACAUCCUUCUUCCCGACCAAACCGCCGAUACACGCGAUCUCCUCCCGACGUUCGAGUCCCUCAUGGCGCUUACCAAUCUCGCUGCCGUUGACGACGACACCCGGCGCACAAUUGUCCGUGUAGCCUGGAAGGACAUCGAGGAGCUUCUUCUGUAUAACAACCCUCGCAUUACCACUGCAGCCGUCGAGCUUGUUUGCAACAUCGUCCAAUCCCCCGAAGAGGCCGAGUCUCUCUUUGCCGACACAAGCAAGCCGCAGGCGCAGACCAGGCUGAAGAUCCUUGUAGCUCUAGCCGACGCCGAAGACGCCGCUACGCGUAGUGCCGCCGGUGGUGCCUUGGCUGCCUUGACCGGAUACGAAAGUGUGGUGAAGGCUAUUGCGGAGCGCGAGCGGGGACCGGAGAUUAUCCUUGGGCUGUGCGAGGACGACAACGAAGAUUUGAGGCACCGCGGUGUGUUCGUCCUGUUGAACAUGGUGGCAUGCGAGGGCCAAACAGGCAAGCUGGCCAGGGAGAAGUUUAUGAGCAAGAGGGCGGUGGAGAUCAUGAGGGAGGUGGUUACUAGGUCGAAGAGAAGGGAGAUUGUGGAGUUGGCUGUGCAAUGCCUAAAGCUGCUGUUGGGGAAGGAGUGA